CAAACCCCACGAGGACUAUAUAUAGCUACAGGUUCGAUGGGAUCUUCAGUGUUCUCCCUGCGAAAAAGGAAGGAAGAUGGCACGACUGAUGGUAGCAGCGCUGGCCGUGCUGUGCGGCUUUGCCAGCGGCCAGGGCGACCGCGGACCCCAAAGUGGCCGCAUCUCCAGCGCCCCUUUCCCCGGCGCUCCCCCCGCGCCGCGCCCCAUCAUCCCGGGCAGCACCCCAGAUUCGCUCCCACCAGAGUAUAGGUGCUCGUCAGCGUUCUCCGUGCGCAAGGCCACACGAGGCUCGUCGACGGUGCGAAACGGCUUCGCGACACGCGUCAGGUUCCAGGACGUGUUGACGGCUGAGGGAGGCUGGUCGCCGUCGGAGAACGACUUCCUGGCUCCUUGCAGGGGCCUCUACUACUUCUCCUUCCACGGCGUGGCUCCAGACAGAGGCGACUUUACGUUGGCCCUGAUGAAGAACGGCCAGUACCAGGUGACAGCCUAUGGCGGGAAGGGCAACUACCAGCAGGGCUCCAACUCGGCCCUCCUCCUGCUGAACCAGGGCGACCUGGUCCACCUGGAGCUGCAGCAGGGAAGCCUCUACGAGCACCCAAACAACGAGGCUUACGUGUCCUUCAGCGGCUUCCUCGUCAAGGCCUAUUAGGGCCAGAGCACGAAGGACCAUUCUGAGAUUAGGACUGCUGGAAUUGGCGUCGCUUCAGUUUACACUGGAAUUACACCGUUUCUCUCCAUCUAUUUCGACAACGAGGACGGACAUAACCUUUCGACUGUACAGGUUUCGAUGCAAUAAAUUAUGAACUGAUGAAAUAU